GUUUGUACGUGAAACCUCAUGUCAUGAAGCGCACUUUUCAUUUCCACAUCUCCUAAAUAGUCUGGUUUAAGUCCACUUAAAUCUACAUGUUAAACCAGUAAAUGCAACAUUUUGUUCUGUCUGCAGUUUCGGUGUGGGAAUGGAGGAGUAUAUUAAUUAGCUUGCAAAAAUAUGUGGCUGUUUGCACCUACGGGAUGUCAGUCUUGAUAAUCUCAUGGUUUGUUGGUUACAAGUAUAAUAUCACAUGUGAUGUUACUCGUAUUAAGCACAAGAACUGUCCACAAUGAGUUGGUGAUGUUCCUACUCAUGGAGUAACUGACGUUAAAGUGACCAUUUACAUUUUAGGUUUGUUUUCUCCAGGAAGUGAACGCAAAGGUUUUUUAAAUAAUUAAAUGAUUGCGGAAGACUUCGCUUGUUGUCCAGCCGCAACUUUUCACCGCGCACGAGCGCAUCGAGUUUCGAAUCUGUCACGAGCGCAGCGCUACGCAGUCGGUCACUUAAUGAGCGUCAAGGGAAACCCUGAAACCGCGCCCGACUCGACGAACCACGCGUAAAAUGAUACAACAGAGCUGAAACUACUGCCUAUAUGUUUUUAAAAGCGUUUCGCCUAUGGCAAAUAGGGAAAAGAACAAAAAGAUACUUCUAGAGUUGGCGAAGCUGUCACAAAAUUGCUGCUGUGCUGACUGUGGAGCUGCAGAUCCAGACUGGGCUUCAUACACACUGGGAAUAUUUGUGUGUCUAAACUGUUCUGGAACUCAUCGCAAUCUUCCUUCAGUAAGUCGUAUCAAGUCUAUACGCUUAGACUUCUGGGAUGAUGAGCUUGUGCAGUUCAUGAAGUCCAAUGGAAACCAUGCUGCCAAAAACUUCUAUGAGAAAUUUGUCCCAGUCUUUUAUUAUCAGCCCCAACCAGACGAUUGCGAGGUCCUCAGAGAACAAUGGAUUCGAGCCAAAUACGAAAGAAGGGAGUUUACAGAGAAAACUUCAGAAAGACCUUACACAGCAGGUGUCUAUGAGGGCAUGCUGUGGAAGAAAGGAAAGGAUAACGGACAGUUUCUCGAGAGGAAGUUUGUUCUUUCAGUGCAUGAUUUUACCCUCAAAUACUACAAGGAGGAUGAAUCUAAGGGACCGAAGGCUACUAUUUCUGUGAGGGACCUGAAUGCAACCUUCCAGCCUGAGAAGAUCGGACACGCUCAUGGCCUUCAGAUCACCUACUGUGUGGAUAAUCACACCAGAAACCUUUUUGUUUACCACAAAAAUGGACAGGAGAUUGUCAAUUGGUUUAAUGCCAUUAGAGCUAUUCGCCAUGCCUACCUGAAAACAGCCUUUCCUACAGCUAGCGAUGAAGAUCUGAUACCGUGGAUAACCAGAAACUAUUUAAAAGAGGGUUACAUGGAGAAGACUGGACCACUGCAGCGAGAGCCAUUCAAGAAAAGAUGGUUUAUUUUGGAUUCCCUGGACAGGAAACUACUCUAUUUUAAAACACAGCUGGAUGCCAUUGAGCUUGGGGUAGUUUUCAUUGGCCCAGAGAAUCACGGAUAUUCAGUGAGCGAGUGUGUCCCUAAAGGGACGAGAGGCAACAAAUGGAAGUGUGGGGUAAUUGUGGAGACGCCAGAUCGGCAGUUCGUCUUCAUGUGUGAGCAGGAGCGCGAUCGGAGAGAGUGGGUGGAGGCCCUGAAAACUGUCAUCUCCAAACCCAUGAUACCGCAAGAUUACACCACCGAAGCCAAUAUUCGUAGACGGAGGUGAAGACAUAGACUGGAUGGGACAAUAAGCUCAGACUCUGUCACUAAAUCUAUUUCAAAUGAACCCUGACAUUUGAGGUAAAUCAAGGGUUAAAACAUUUGAGUCCCAGACCUGAUUCACUCAAAGGCAACUGUGGAAGAAUGUGAUUUUUUGGGGGCAUUGUUUCUAGCAAGCAGUUUAAAAAAAUUCUCACUUGGUGCAUUUUGGGAUGUGAAACCAAUCUGAGAAGACUACAGGAGGUCAGACGAGGAUAGACUGACUGGUUGAGCAAGACAAGAAUCUCGUCUUAGUGAGAACGGAAUUAGAUUCACCUGUAAUUGUGAAUCCACAUGCAGGAGCUCGAGGACCAAAUCGAAACUAAAAAUAAGGAAUUAUGGUUGUACAGAAAUGGAGAGAUGCAAAUGACAUUUCAUGAAAUGUGCGAUGAAAAUGCUAAUCAUAGAACACCGAGGUUUCAUAAACUGACAUUUGGCCAGUUUUUGUGUCUUCUGAAUAAUAAUCAUAAUAGACGACUGAACAAAGCUGACUUAUUUUGAUGUUCACAAUUCUUCAAAUUAGUUUAUAUUAAAAUCUAUUUUCAAACCACAUAAUCCAUUAAUAGUUUGUGAUACCCAUAUUUUCUUUGGUUCUUUUUGUUGCUAGCAUGGUGCACGUCAUUUUCUUCACUGACUGAUAACUUUAGCAUUAUGUUCAUAUUGCUAUAUUAUACUAUUAGACAAUAAUAAAGUUUUGCAGGCUGGGAGACCAUCUUAAAGGGGUCGUAUGAUGUGGCUAAAAAUAACAUUAUUUUGUGUAUUUGGAGUAAUGCAAUGUGUUUAUGCAGUUCAAGGUUAAGAAACACAUUAUUUUCCACAUACUGUACAUUAUUGUUUCUUCUCUAUGCACUGCCUUCUGAAACACGUUGAUUUUUACAAAGCUCAUCGCUCUGAAAAGCGAUGUGUGCUCUGAUUGGCCAGUUAUCCAGUGUGUUGUGAUUGGCUGAAUAUCUCAAGCGUGUGACAGAAAUGUUAUGCCCCUUAACAUACUGUGAUGCCUGUGUCCCAACACCACAAGACAAAGCAAAUGAGGCAUUUGUUGCAUCCAGUGGGGACAUGGUGGUGGCGGCAACAGUGAGAAUAAAAGUUACGCCUUCUUUCAUUGCAUGAAUAUUUGGGCGGUGUUAUGCAAAUCUUCCCACAUUGUGACAUAGAUAUGUGGGGGUGUGUUAGAACAAGCUGUUUUAGGAGGCCAUGGUUGACUCUUAACUUUUAUAAAGAUUAUCUCUUUGAAGUUUGUAAUUAAAUACAAAAUCAGUCGUAUUAAAAAUAUUUUAUGGAAUGACAUCCAUAUCUGGUUCUUAGUAAAAAGACAGAUUUUGUAACUUAAUUUGCCCAUUAGCCUAGAUCAACUAACAGAGUCUUUUAAGUUGCAAAAUGCAUUAACUUACACAUAUUUUAGAAUCAAGAUACAGUAUUUCAUGAUAUACUUAACACGUUUGGGAAUAUUGAAAAAAAUAAUAAUAAUUUUCAUUGAUGACACAUUUCUGUUUCUGUCAAGUAUGUAUUUACAUUGCAGAGAUAAUUUGUAGGCUUUAAUAAUUUAAAUUUCUUCAUGUGUUUAAUAUUUGUCUUGUUUCCAUUAGUUUGCCUGAAUGUUUUGUCAAAUAUACUUUAUUAAAAAACUAACAUUGUUAUAAAA